GAUACGCUUUCCAAGUUUUAACUUGCCAGUGGGUUUAUGAAAAAUACUGUACGUAGUAAGAAAUUUAUGGGAAACUGAAGAAAGAAAAAACUUGAGAUGAAGUUCCAGAAAGGAUGGGCGUCUCGACUUUUUUGGUCGGAGGAUUGGAUUGAUUUAGAUUCUCAUCUUUUCAUCCCCGCUUUAUAGCGCUGUUUUUUCUAUAUAAAAAAACAGAGCUGUUUUUUCUCUAAGAAAAAUAGCGCUGUUUUUUCUUAGAGAAGAAAGAAGCUUUCUGGUUGAAAUGAUCAAUUUUCCAGUUAGAGGUUCUGUCACUGUCCCCCUUGCUUCUAUGCUCAUGUUUUUUUAAACAAUCUACACUUUUGGCUAUGCUCCAAAUUCCCAAGGAGCCUGAAUAUCAUGAAAACUGCCAAUUCUUGUUGGAUGUUUUCAGUUUCCCCCACUAGUACCAUAUUGCUAUUGUGUAGCCAGAGUUGUUACUGGAUUGUUUGGGAAUAGAAAGUCAUUAUUCUGAAAUUUCAGCUUCAAGCUACAGGUUUUCUCUAGUUUGAAGUUGAUAAUAUAUGGAGCCUGAGAAAUGGAUAUCAUAGUUCCAUUUAGAAAACUUCAAGCAAUGGAUCUAACCCUUUCUGAGUUACUGAGACCUUAAUCCGCAAAUACAUCUCGUUUGGCAGAUCGUGGACUUGAAUAAGCUGUUGGAAAGUUCUUCGGCUGUCAAAUUUGUUGGGCAAAUCUCCUUUGGCAAUUUAUCUCUGUUUAACAAGAUCAGAUUGAUCAUAAACAGAUUACUUAAAUAUAACCAUAUAAUAUAUUAUCUUCGUCGUUUAGCAGUUUAUUUGUGUUGAGUUCAAUCAAUUGAUUUUGCAACUCUCAUACUUGAUCAAAAGGCAAGGAUCACAGAGUUACACUGCGGAUAUAAUCUUUUAAUUUUCAAAAUAUGGAUUUGGACAUAAGCGACAUUGAACGUUUUAGUGAGAGCAGCAGCAGUGAGAAUCAAGAUUAUGGUGUAAAAGCUUGUUCUAUUCUAUCUAGUCUUGAAGAUACUCUUGGAAGAAUAGACGAUUUCUUAUCCUUUGAAAGGGUGUUUAUACAAGGAGACUUAGUUUGCUUAGUACAGGAUGAACCAUCCGGGCAGACCGGUAGAGUGGUCAACGUUGAUAUGAUUGUCGAUGUGGAGGACAUUUUCGGAACUAAAAUACGAGGUGUCAACUCCAAGAAAAUCCAAAAAAUACGUUCAAUUAUGGUUGGGGACUAUGUUGUGUGUGGGCCGUGGCUUGGGAAAGUUGAAAAAGUUAUUGAUCGGAUAACUGUUCUGUUUGAUGACGGUUUUAUGUCUGAAUUCACCACAACAGGACAUGAGAUCAUCACGCCCAUUUCUCCAGACUUGCUUGAAGAUCCACACUAUCCGUUUUAUCCCGGGCAAAGAGUGAGGAUUCAUACCCGACCCGUUCCUCCAAAAUCAACCAAGUGGUUGUGUUAUGUGACUGAUGUCAGAAAUGAUAAAAGAUAUACGGGGACUGUUUGCUCUUUGGAUGCCGGGGUUGUGUAUGUUAGUUGGAUUGGUUGUGUGACAAACGGACGUGAGGAGGCAUCUAGUCCUCCACAUUUGCAGGAUUCAAAAAAUCUGACCUUGCUGUCAUGUUAUUCUGAUGCCAAGUGGCAGGUUGGGGAUUGGUGUUUGCUUCUAGAUGCUGACGAUGAGAAUUCCCUGCAUAGUUCUCUUUGGAAGAGAAGCCAAAAGGUGAAGAAGCUUGUGGUAAUUGUGAGGACAAAGGCAAAAGUUGAUGUUCAGUGGCAGGAUGGGAACACAACAUUUGGAUUAGAUGCAGAUUCUCUGUCCCCUGUUAACGUUGUUGAUUCCCAUGACUUUUGGCCUGACCAGUUUGUGCUUCAAAAGGAUAUUUGUGAUGACUCAGGAAGUCCAAGUCUCCAUAGAUGUGGAGUAGUGAAAUGUUUGGAUGCGAAGGAGCGAACUGUGACGGUAAAGUGGACAAAUUUCCAUUCUAAGGAACUAAAUAAUUUUGACAAGGAGGAAACUGUGAGUGCUUAUGAAUUGAUGGAUCACCCAGACUACUCGUUCAGUUUGGGCAAUGCUGUGUUUAGGUACUGUUUGGGUAAAUCUCAAACAUCUCAAACAUGGCAGGAAAGUAGUAACAAUCUCAUGCACCUUAGUGGUGAUGAAAUGGACCAGAACAGCGAUUACUCAUCAAGUAUUGGUAUCAUUGUUGGCUUCGAGGAUGGAAACAUCAAAGUGAAUUGGGCUAAUGGCUCUAUGGGCAUUGUUGCUCCGUAUGAGCUAUAUUGUAUAGAUAAAUAUGAAGAUGCAUCUAUGGCUAUUAUACCUUAUGGUGAAAAUCUUGAGCAACAAAAUGCUGGGGUGAAUCUGCAUGGUGGUAAACAACUUUCAAUGCCAAAAGGAAAGGAUCCAGUCGAUUUUGAUGGCGAUGGUGAAAUCUGCAAAAAGAAGCUGCCAUUGGCCAUGGGCUCCAAUUCCUUUUCUCAUGCUGCUAUUGCACUCUUUUCAAGUAUUAGUUCAGUUCUGUUCAGUAUAUCUCUGUUUGGUGGAUACCAUCAUAUAUCCCAAGAAGGGAGAAGACCAGAGAUGCUCGGCAAGGAACCUGAAGGAGAAAAAUCAGAGAAAGUGAUGGAGAAGAAAGAUGAUUAUCAGCUGAAAAGAGACGUGGGGCCCUUAACUUGUAGCAAGCUGCCACCAGAAAGCUUCAGUCAAUUUGAUAUUGUUAAUGGUUGCUCAGACCACCAUUUUGUGAACACCACAGGAAAGGAUGUCACAUCUUCCCUGGUUAGGCCACUUUUUAACAAGGUGAAAAAAGGAUGGGUGAAGAGGGUUCAAGAAGAAUGGAACAUUUUGCAGCAUGAUCUGCCAGGCGGGAUCUAUGUGUGUGUGUAUGAGGAGAGAAUGGAUUUGCUUAGAGCAGCCAUUGUUGGUGCUCCUGGAACCCCAUAUCAUGAUGGAAUGUUUUUCUUUGAUUUCUGCUUUCCUCCUGAGUAUCCCAAUGAGCCACCGAUGGUGUACUACAACUCAGGAGGACUUCGUGUGAAUCCCAAUUUGUAUGAAUCCGGAAAGGUUUGCCUGAGUCUCCUAAACACAUGGACAGGCUCCGAGAAUGAGGUUUGGAACCCGAAAUGUUCAACGGCCCUACAAGUGCUUCUCUCCCUUCAAGCUCUUGUGCUCAAUGAAAAGCCUUACUUCAAUGAGGCCGGGUAUGAUACACAGAUUGGUAAAGCUGGAGGUGAGAAAAGCUCUGUCAACUAUAAUGAGAAUGCAUAUCUGGUCACCUGCAAGUCAAUGCUAUACUUGCUACGCAACCAACCCAAGCAUUUUGAAGCACUUGUGAAAGAACACUUCAGCAGGCGGGGUAAGCAUAUUCUGUUGGCUUGCAAGGCAUAUAUGGAUGACACUCCCGUGGGUGCAGCGGGAUGUGGGCACCUAAAAUCUGAUCAAGAACACUUCAAAGGAAGUUCUAAAGGAUUCAAGAUCCUGCUUGCCAAGAUUUUCCCUCGACUCGUGGAGGCAUUUUCUGAGAAUGUAUUGGUUCCAGCUGAUUCUUAGAAUUGAGGAGUGUGAGAAAAAACUCAAAAAAGGUUUGUUUGUUAUGUGUUGAGACGAAAGGAUUAAAAAGAUGUUGUAUGCACCUAUCUCUGUAAUAUAUGGUUUGCUUUAAAUAAGUAGAAUGGAUAAAGCCAUAAAGGUUUGUUUGGAUUUACCUUUUAAAGAAGUGUUGUACUCACCGUACCUGUAAUUUAUGAUUUGCUUAAAUAAGUAGCUUGGAUACAACCAUAAAAACCCACCACUGAUGGGGCAAGUGACCGUAA